CACUGGUGGGCAGCACUGGUGGGUGGGCACAGGUGGGUGGCACUGGUGGGCACAAGUGGGUGGCACUGCUGGGCACAGGUAGGUGGCACUUCUGGGCACAGGUGUGUGACACUGCAGAGUGGCACAGGUGGGUGCACUGCUGGGCACAGGUGGGCGCACUGCUGGGCACAGGUGGGCGGAACUUGUGGGUGGCACUGCUGGGCACUGAUCAUCAGGGCACUGAUCAUCAGUGCCCUGAUGAUCGGUGCCGAUCCUCGCUCUGACAACUGCCGGUUCUCGGCAGUACUUUCCUCACGAUCUGACAGCAUGAGGAAAGUGCAGCCGAGAACCGGCACUUGC